UCCAAUCAAACAAGACUUGAGUUUUAAAUGAGAGACGGUAGUUCCUUCUGCCCUCUCACUGAAAACCACAACAAACACCACAACGGACCCAACGGAUCAGACCAGGACCGAGGCUCAGGGUUACACCACCCUCUUCUCCAGCCAGUGAGUGGAUUUUGAGCUCCAACUGCCGCUCGUCGACAGCCGUUUCAUGGGCACCCAGGAGGGAGAGAGAGAUUGGGUAGAUGUGGCAAAUGAUCUACUCAGCAAGUGUCACAUAAACCUACGGCUGAGGAAACUGACAGACUGUGAGGCAAAUGUUUUCAUUGCUCUGUAUGAAAACAUCCUGGGGGAGAAAGUUCCAGAUUACAUCGCAUCGCCAUGCAGUCAAGAAGAUGACAUCCAUAACGUUCAGUCUGUGAUUGAUUCACUCUCCCUGGAUUACCUUCAGAUCAGUCUCUCACACAUUACAGGAGAAAAUGUUGUCAGAGGAGACCAAGAGUCCAUCAAGAACCUCCUGGAAAUCUUCGAUGGCCUUCUGGAAUAUCUCAAGGAGGAGAUAAGUGAGGAGUCGCACAACGGCGAGGAACUGAAUGACAGCCUCAAUGAGGAUGUGCCUGGUGAAACCAAGGAGCCAUCAAGCUGUGACGCCUCAGAGCACAAAGAGACGAAAGUGGAGGAAGCAUCCUUGUCAUCCAGUGGAGAAUCCGCUGCCCAUUCCAGUAAACAUUCCCUCCAUACCUGGGACGCUGAGGAGACGGGGUCAAAUAGUGAGCUCAUUGGGCUGGGAGUCUCGGCACGAACAUUCACAGCCAAACAAGAUGAUGCAGUCACCACCUCUGGUCCUCUGGACGUGCAGGACGCUCCACUAACUGAACCGAUGCCCACAGCCAUCCCUCUGCAGCCGCCCACCCAGAGCAACACCCCCCACAGAGCCGGCCCCAGCCAGGGACGCACAGGGGAGGAAGCAGCUGCUGCUGUCUCUGCAGAGACUUCUAAACCGCCGGCUGAGACAGUUGUUACCAAUGGACUUCAGUCUCCUGCUGCGAGUGAGAAGUCCAUGUCCAGUCAGCAAAGAGCCGCUACAGAAGUGGAGAGUGAGACACUGGAGCCAACUAAUGGGGGUCCCAGGAGGGUUUUAUUCUGCACCAAGCCAGAUGUGCUCUUCCUCACGCUGCAGGAUGAGAUGGCGGUCACAACCCCUUCCCCACCAGACACAGAGGAGGAAGAGGAGGAUGAGGAGGAUCUGAGUUACACACUAAGACCAACAGAGAGAAGGAUACAUCACAGAGACAAGACAGGCCUCAUUAGCAGGUUGGAGGAGGAAGGUUUGGAGGAUCCUCUGUCACAUCGCAGACAGAGGAACAAAAAAGCAGAAGAGGAAUUGCAUCACUUAUCUGAGAACCUCUCCCAUCGACUUGAGGAACUUGAUCAGAUGCUCAAACGAGUCCUCUGUGAAAGUGGAGAGUCCAGUGAAGUGAGAGAAGAGGACAAGCAGUCCCACCACAGCGACAGCAUCAUGGAGUGUCGCAGGCCUCCCAAACAACACACAGGAACACCUGAUGCUGAAUCCACCCAGCGGACACGCUCCUUAUCUCCCUCCCCUCCACGGGUCCGACGCUCCCUGCAGGGACAGUUAGAAGAUGCCAUGGCAGAGGCUUUGAGUCUUGAUGAUGGCAGACAAACCAACAUUACAGCUUCAGAUUCUUCAAGACGAAGAGAGCUACACCACAGACUGUCUCACAGAAAACACAGCAAGUAUGAGAAUAAGGCCUAUGAGGAGGAGUUGAAAAGAUAUGAAGACAAAGAACGGGCAGAUCUACACAAGGCUCGCCUCAAAGCUCAAGAAGCUGAGAGACAGUACAGAGAGGCCAUACUAAGAGAUGUCUCUGAAGCUCCCAGGCCGUCCCCAGCUAGAACGAAGACCCAGCAUCGGUCACAACGUGACACACAAACCACACCGGGACGGAGGUUGCAGGAGGCCCCCCGGAGAACUGCAGCCCUGAAGGUGAAGGACAAUGAUCUCCUCCCUGUGCUCCGAGAGGAGUUGCCCUACCUUCACAUCCCCCCCCACGCCCUGGCUCGCAUGUGGGAGCAGCAGAUGCAGCAGGUUGACAGACUCCACGCCAUGUCGUCCUCUCACAGCCAGCGCCGCAGCAAACUCUCCACGCAGGUGGAGGAAGCCCAGAGGAAACACGACCUGCUGGUGGAAAUUAUCCACAAAGAGCAGGACCACAACAGGCGUCUGAGGGACUUCAAAGAGCGUAUCCAGCAGCAGAAGUCGACCCAGAACAGACUGAGGGAGCAGAGGCAGCAGAUCGCACGAGCCAAGAAGUAUCACAACGAUUACCAUGUCCAGCACCGCGCCCGCCUGAUGAGAGCGCGCACCAAGGAGGAGAGGAUGUUUCGGCAGCUGUUUGAGGAGGGUUUGGAGCUACAGAAAGUCAGGUUGAGAGAGCAGAAAGCAUACGCCAGGGAGCAGCGGCUGGAACAUCAGAGACGACACCAGGACCAGAUCAGGUCCAUGGAGAACUACUACAAAGACCAAUUUUCACUACUAGCUGAAAAACUUGCACAGGAGCGGCAGGAGAUCCAGGUCCGGAAAAAAGCUCAAGAAAAGGCUCUGCUGAAGAUGAAGCGAGAGCUGCGUUCCAGGAUGGAGCGGGAGAUCGGUGAACUGCAGAAGAUCAUCAUCCAGAACGACGAGGACGACCAUUUCCAGGAUCUGGAGGUCCAGAGGCUGCGCAAUCGGGUCCAGAUGGCUUCCUUCCAGUACAACACGAGCUAUCUGCACUGACCGGGGAAGCCAGACGCAGGGCUAUUUUAAGCUUGACUCACUCAAGCCUGGACUCAAAGGAACACGUUUCUCCCAUUCACAACUAAGGGUACGACAUUCUGGCGGCUGAACAGUACAAACUCCUCUGCAUCUUCCUUCAGAUUUGCACAGAAGAGGAAACUCGCAUUAUAAGAACUUGUACAACUCCUGAUGAGUGAUUUUAUUAAUGAACUGAACGCACUCCGACACAUUGUAGCUAUUAGCUAAUGUAGCUAACUGUUCCUCUCACCUCCUGCUGCUAUUCCUGAACUUUAACGACACCUUGGACCAAGUCCCCUUCUUCCACGGGUUUUAGUACUUGAUAACUAAGAAUGUUUUAAAAUGGCUCCCUCACUGUGCAGUCUGUGUGCGGAUAUUGUAGCAAACUAGUAAAAACGUUCUUCCUUUUGCCAAAUAGGGACCACCAAUUCAAAGUUAAUGUCCCACACUGAGAUUUUUUAACUUCCAUUGUUCCCUCCCAUAUAUGUGCGAUGUCUUCCUUUUUAAUGAUUUAACCAUGCCAGUGCAUUAUUUAUUUUUUAACUUUUAAUGCUGUGUGAUUUUGAAUUAACCUGGUGUUGUGCUGUCUGACCACCGGGGGGGCGAUGAUAAUCAGUCUUUUGUGACUUCUCCUUUUCUUCUGCUCCAUUGUGAUUGUUUUUAACCCUCAGCCUGAACUAAUGACACGGUAGUUUUAAACAAUUACAAAAGGUUGCAAUGUUGAAACACUGUCCACUGAUGUUGUAUCUAAUGAACACAUGAAUCAUCACCAUCAUCCAUUAAACGUGUGGGCUCAUCUGUC